GUUUCAGAAGGUAAGAGGUUUCCCAAUAUAUCGACAAGGCAGUUAGAAAGCGGUAGGGGAAUAUUAUGGCUACCUAGUACCUAGGCAAACUUGAUUUUGCCGCCUCUUCUUCUUCUUCUGUGCCACGUGUGCCACGGUAUCCGCCUUCAUUGUCUCGUCUUCCGGCGGCGCCCCAUCUCGCAACCGGCCGCCGACACACCUGAUUCAUUCACAUUGAUAGUGAAGUGAGGGAGGCCAAGUGAUAAAAUGACAGCUGCACAAUUGACUAGUAAGGCGAUGUAUAAUGGGUUUGCUGAAUUGGAAGUGAAAGAGGAAAUAUCCAAAAUCUGCUCGUUAAGAUAUUCACAUCGGCGUCGUAAUUCCUUUUCAAGAGUCAGUCAGAAUAGCUUGGGAUAUAUUUAUGGUGGCAACAAUUGUUCUUUAUCUAUUGAAAGAAGCAAACGUUUUUUAACUCCACCUGUUAUUUGCCCAAGGACGCGGAAACUUUUAAGGUUCCGUAAUAAGUUAAGUUCAGAGAGUGGUGCAGAAGCUUCUGAUUUGCGGGAUACUACUGUGAAGGGAAAUGAUUAUCUCGCAAGCUCGAGUGGAGAAGUUUUUGAGUUGAAUGAGACUGUUCCCAUAAUAGAAAAUGUUGAAAGUGACUCAACAGAGGCUCCUACAAGUUCAUCUCGAUCUUCCGAGGUCAGGCGUGAGCUUGUGAUGCUGUCUUUACCAGCAAUUGCUGGACAGGCCAUUGAUCCUUUGGUACAAUUAAUGGAGACUGCUUAUAUUGGGCGCCUGGGUUCAGUGGAGUUAGCUUCAGCGGGUGUCUCCAUAUCGGUUUUUAACAUCAUUUCAAAGCUAUUUAAUGUUCCUCUACUUAGUGUUGCUACAUCUUUUGUGGCUGAAGACAUUGCCAAGAAUGCGACCAAAGUUUACAUGUCAGAGGAGGCAGAAGGCACCAACGGUAGACUUCCCAUAGGGGUAGCAGAAAGGCAUCAGUUUUCUUCUGUGUCUACAGCAUUAUUUUUAGCAGUUGGCAUUGGCAUCAUUGAAGCUUUGGCUUUGGCUUUGGGAUCUGAACUACUUAUUGGUUUGAUGGGCAUAUCAUCUACUUCACCUAUGAGAGCUCCAGCAAAAAGAUUCCUUGCUCUGCGUGCUCUUGGCGCUCCUGCAUUUGUAGUUUCGUUGGCCCUUCAAGGCAUAUUCCGUGGAUUUAAGGAUACAAAGACUCCAGUCUUCUGUUUAGGCAUUGGAAACUUUAUAGCUAUAUUUUUGUUUCCCUUACUUAUGUAUUAUUUCGGCUUGGGUGUAUCCGGAGCUGCCAUAUCCACUGUCAUUUCACAAUACCUGGUGGCCUUUUCUAUGAUCUGGUAUUUAAAUCAGAGAGUAAUAUUAUUACCGCCACGAUUUGGGGAACUGCAAUUUGGUGGCUAUUUAAAAUCUGGUGGUUUCCUAAUUGGAAGAACUCUUUCUGUCCUUUUCACAAUGACACUUGCUACAUCAAUGGCUGCCCGUCAAGGUGCUGUAGCGAUGGCUGCUCAUCAAAUAUGCUUACAAGUUUGGUUAGCUGUCUCCCUCCUCACAGAUGCACUGGCUGCAUCUGCACAGGCGUUGAUUGCUAGUUAUUUAUCAAAAGGUGAUUACGUGGUAGUAACCGAAAUUACACACUAUGUGUUAAAGAUAGGGCUACUUGCUGGUGUGUUUUUGGCAGCUGCAUUAGGUGUUUCUUUUGGCUCUUUAUCUACUUUAUUUACCAAGGAUGCUGAAGUGUUAGCUGUGGUUAGUACAGGUGUAUUGUUUGUCAGUGCCAGUCAACCAAUAAAUGCUCUUGCCUUUAUCUUUGAUGGCCUCCAUUAUGGUGUUUCAGACUUCCCUUAUGCAGCUCGCUCCAUGAUGCUGGUGGGGGCAAUAUCAUCGGGAUUUCUGCUUUUUGCUCCUAGACAUCUUGGUCUUCCUGGUGUUUGGUUGGGUUUGACCCUUUUCAUGGGAUUACGCAUGAUGGCUGGGAUUAUCAGGUUAUUGUCAAAGAAAAGUCCUUGGUGGUUUCUGCAUUGUGACACUAAUGAAGCCAAGGUUAUUAGUUGAGUGGAUUCGAUUUUCAGGCCUUCUUUGAAACUUAUCUAAGCCUCCUUUCAUAUACUUAAACGACUAUGUUUGAUGGAUGAGCCUUUUCCUCUAAAAAUAGGAUUGCUGAGCCUCUUUCCUCCAAGGUGGCUCGUAUCUUUAGAUAGCUUUAUACAACUACGGAACAACUGUACAUUGAAUUAUUUACACUACUUCCCUAUGUAAAUAUGUUGGGCUAUAUGUUGGAUUCUAUAAUGUUCGGCAUCUUGGUUAAGGAGUCAGCUUGGUGGAACGGAAAGGAAUGAACAGGUUAUAUCUUGAAUUUACUCUGUAGCCCCAACCCCCUCUUCAUUCCUUUAGUUUCUUGAGGUCAAUCAAUCCCUUUAAGGUGUUGCAAGCUUGGUGUACGCAAAAUACACGUAGUGCAAUUGUCUUUUCUACAACUUUUUAUCAGCAAGACUUUGGAUGUAUACAAGCCUCGAGAGGUUUUAAUUUAAUGUUUGGAUGUCUAUGUUAAUCUA